AUGAGCCAGGCCAUUCUGACACCAACUAAUGAGGUUGAGGAUACCAUUAAUUCAGAUGUUGUCUCCCUGGUGCCCGGCGAGGAGUACCUAAGCUGUGAUAAGAUUGCAAAGUCCCCAGGAACCCAUGAUUCUUAUGACCUCCUAUACCCUAUUGAGUUUUUUAAUUCACUGAAUGGUAAUAAUUUCCCACAACAUCGUCUCCUCCUAAAGAAGGGUGUGCCAAUAAUGAUGCUUAGAAACCUUGAUCAGGCCGGUGGGCUCUGUAACGGGACACGGCUGAUUGUUACCAAUAUAGGUGAUAUGUUAAUAGAAGCUCAGAUAAUGACAGGCACACAUGCUGGUUAUGUUGUCCACAUACCGAGAUUUUGCCUAACACUUAAGAAUACAAGGUUACCAUUUGUUCUAGAGAGGCGCCAGUUCCCAGUCAAAGUCUGCUAUGCCAUGACCAUUAAUAAGAGCCAAGGACAGACCCUGGCUCAUGUCGGUGUCUAUCUAAAAAAUCCUGUUUUUAGCCAUGGCCAGCUAUAUGUUAUUAUUUCCCGUGUCACUUCGAAGCGUGGCAAUUGUACAGAUGAAACACAGAACAUUGAGUAUCGAGAAAUACCCAUACUUAAUUUUCCUGCUUCCUGUUGUGAGUUUGUUCCGAUGGCUUUUGCUCUCUUGCCGACGCUGCGCCCUCGUGAUUGGCGUGCAACCGUUUGUCGGAAGUGGGAGUACCAUGGUGGCACGGAUGAUGGCCCGAUCCAGCAUGUUGAUCUUGUGUUCGUUGAUGAACAGGGCAACAGGAUGUAUGGUGAGAUCCCAGCACAGGAGGUGGACACAAAAAGUCCCCUCAUAGAGGAGGGUGGUAUCUAUGUGAUAAGUCGUUUCAGGGUCUCCAAUGCAAAGUCAGGUUACAGGCCUGUUGAUGCCCGCUACAUGAUUGAGUUCACGCUACACACAACAGUUUCCCCUGCAAGAAAUCACAUGCCUCACUUUCCAAGCCGCGUCGACUCGACCAUAGCUAUACAGAUAUCCCUUCCGCUUUCUGCUGCUCAUCCCCAAAGCGAAAAAAGGGCAACGAGGAAGAAUCCAACACCCGCCGAAUCGAGUAACAAGGCCUUUCGAUUUCCGCUGCUCGCGAUCGAGUGCCCGCCUGCCGGCCGUGGUAGACUGGUAGGCCAGCAGUAUCCCAGCCAGCCACUGCCAGCGGGCAGCGGCACCGUCACCGAGAAAGCUCUGCUCCGGACCUCCGGUAGGCGGUAG